AUGACGAUUGCCACCUACUUCUGGUUGUGUACAAUGGCCAUGUUGGGCAAGCUUUUUGCUGACUGUCCAUACCAGGCGUGCAUUUGUGUAAGUGAUUUUAUUGAAUGUAGUGCCCGAAGCCCCAUCCUGACGGAAAUACCAGCACUGAUCAGUACAAACACAAGUGGUUUGACAACCUUAGAUUUCUCGGCAAAUCAAAUUACGGCAAUACACUCCGGACAGCUGCCACAGAAACUAACAGAGAUGUCCUUUCUGGAAAACCCGAUAACAACGAUCGACGACCAUGCCUUUGAUGAUUCAUUGACAACGCUGGAAAAACUGUCUUUCUCCAACUGUGGCAUCACCAGAAUUCCAACUGCUUUAUACAGAUUGUCCAGUCUUAAGAUGCUACACAUUUUUAAUGCUAGAAUUACUGAGUGGAACACUGACGUUAUGAAAAACAUUGGUCCAACUGUUGAAGAACUCUACCUCAUGAACGCUGGGUUAUCUCCUAAUCCGGACUGGCUCCUGUAUUUUGAACGUCUUAAAAUGUUAAUUCUUGAUGGAUGUUCAAUUUUCUCAGUGCCCGAUGACGCACUUCACAAAGUUGCUAAAACUUUAACGCAUUUGUCUCUAGCUAACAACAAUUUAACCACCAUCCCCAGCACGAUUGCUGAACUUCGUUCCUUACAGGUUUUGGUAUUACACAGGAAUUUUAUUUCCGAUAUCUCCUCAUUACCAAAUUCAGAUCAAUUGGUGACGCUUUCAUUGCAUAACAACAACAUCUCAGACGUCCAUCUUCUGAGCGACAAGCUGCAAAGCUACAAUGAAUCUCUAAUUACAGUAUCAUUGAAUAACAAUUUUUUUGUCGAAUUCCCGCACCUAGACUUUCUUAGUCAGGUUGGUGUUUUAGAUUUAUCUCAUAAUCAAAUAUCUAAUGCUAAUUCGGAUCUGUUCCGUGGCUUGUGA